UUGAGAAUUGAGUGAUGGAUUAUAAAUUAUUGAUUAUUAUUAUAUAAUAGCGUCACCCACCUUCACUUUGCUCUCUCCCCCUCAUAUCUACGCUGUAAACUAAUUUUCGAUAGAGAGAGAGAGAUUACAAAAUUAAAGUGGAAAGAUAGAAGCAGCGCGCGGCAAGAACAAUGGAAGGUGUCUCUACAAGCAUGUACAAAGGGUUGAGAGGCUACUGGCGGAGGAGAGGCUACGAGAAGCUAAAUGGGUCCGGUCGACUGACGGAGCUGCGUUCGGGCAGCAAAAGGCGUGCACGGCGGAUCCGAAUCAAAAUAAAAAUGGGUCGGAAGCUGAAGCUGAGCUUCCUCAGAAUGAGAAGAAUGCCUUCGCCGAAGAAGUUGUUGGUUUGGCUCCGGGACGCCUAUGUGAAACUGAUGCUGGGAUUCGCUAACUCGGGGAUGUUUAGUACCGGCUUCGGUGGGGGGCCCAUGUGCGACUACGGUAGCGGUUCCUUCGGGAAGGGCCCACUUAAGGAGUAUGAUGAGAAGAUGAUUGUCGAGAUCUACAAGUCCCUGAUGCUGGCGCAAGGUCAGUUGGUGCCCAGCGACGCAGCCAAGUUUGGCUCAGAAAUCGUUAGUCGACGGUAAAUCCCGACGAUAAUAAUCACAUCACAGACACAGACGCACGCACAAAAAAUGAAAGAUAAAAAUGCUGUGUGAGUUGAGAUUUUAGUAAUCUCUUCUCUUGUAGCAAAUUGUAAUGGGGGGUAGAUUGGCAAUAAAAGGUGAUAGAAGCCUGGUGGUGGUGAUAGAUUAUUAAUAAUUAUUAUGAUUUUGUUGA